GAGACGAAUACCGGUGAAGUUUAUCGAGGAAAAUUAAUUGAAGCUGAGGACAACAUGAAUUGUCAGAUGCAGGGAAUUACGGUGACAUACCGGGAUGGAAGGGUUGCACAGUUGGAGAAUGUGUACAUUCGAGGAUCGAAAAUCAGGUUUCUCAUACUGCCUGAUAUGCUGAAAAAUGCUCCGAUGUUUAAGAGACCUGGGGGGAAGGGCUCCGGUACUGCUGGAAGAGGAAAGUCCGCAAUACUUCGGGCACAAGCAAGAGGACGAGGAAGAGGGCAAAAUCAAAGAGGCAGAGGGACAGGCUCAGCUCCUUGGCUUAAUCAACAGAAUCAACCUGGUGGAUCGGCUCCUGGCAGAGGAAGGGGCUAAAUUCAAUUCCUACUGUAAUAAGAACUCUAGGUUUAAGAAUUUUCAUACCUUAUAUUUUCUCAUUGCGGAGCUUCUGGAUGAUUCAUUAUCGAACUUAUUCUAUUUGCAUUUGAAGUGUGGGGAGAAUUCCCUUGUAUGAAAUGAUUGUAUGAGAAAUAAAUAACGAAAUAAGAACUCAUCACAA